AUGAACCGCCGAGGAGGAGCACACAUCCCUCUCAGGAGGAGACCCUUGAUACCGACUCCGCAAGACCCUCCCGUGCUGCAGAACGGAUAUGAGGCCAGCCCAGCCGAUUGCGCUGAGGUGAAGAGAACCGUGUCUGAGGCUACCAACUUUCCUCCCGAACUCGUCGACAUUAUUAUGGACUUUGCCGAAUAUUGGGCCUGCUCAGUGACUAGCAUCGACUACACAGUUCUCCCGGCGAGGCACCUGGCCAUUCGGGGUGCGCGAGCAGGCGAAAAUAAGUUACUUCUUCGCACCGAGCCCUUGGGACUGACCAAAUGGCAUCCACACAAUGAUGAUUUGUGGCGAUCACAGGCGUCCCCUCGCCCUCUACUGGAGGAAUACUCACGAGCUCAACUCGAGAGCCUCGCCGAGGGCCCAAUCUCAACCCUUGAGCAUCCUAUUCGAAAGGUUGUCUUCAAUAUUAAGAGUCGUGACCAGGGUCAUGGCGGCGACAGGGAGGACCAUUAUACCUACCGCUACUCUUGGACCUGGUUUGACGCUGGGAUUGACCGAUUCGACGCCAAGAACAUAUGCGGAACAGACUGCACAGACGAUAAGCCAGAGACUGAGGGAUCGAGCGAUGAUGCCCCACAAGUCCCAACUUGCGCAAUACGCCCCGUAUGGCCUCCUAUCAAAGAAGAUGCCUCAUACGACCACGCGCUGCACGCUACCCCGGACCAUCUGAUCCAGCGGAACAGACUCGCUGACAAGAACUGGCAACAACACCACAUCGAGUGGUCGUGGACCGAUGACAUAGAUCCAGAGUCCACCGCAGGAGAGGACUUGGAGAAGAAAGGCCGAGGGUCAGCUACUGGCAAUGGCGACUCCGUCAGGAGCUUGAAGGUUGGUGACAUGAUUACCGUCUGGGGUCGGGCUAGGUUCAUGGGAUGGUCAAACAACAUCGAAAAGGUGGAGGUCCAGGUUUACUGGGCUUUGUAA